UGCAUUCACCUUAUGAUAGCCAGUGGGACAACCACUUUACAAAUAUUAAUACAAUUUUUUUUUUUUUUUUUAUUAGAGUAUAUAACAGUGACACGUAGUGAGACAUGUUGGUCCUGUGUGUCAUCUCUGUCCUCAGUCUUCUCUCAGUGGGACUGGCAGCUCCUCUGUCCUGCGAGGAUCUACUGAGACCCCUAGAGAUGAACAGCACGGACCAUAUUUGGGGUAAGUGGAUUUCUAUCGCAGAGAGCAGUGAGUUCCCUGGUGGCAGAGAGUAUGCUGCAAAAGAAUGGAUCACAGGCUGGAUUCAGGUCUCUCCUGGACUCCAGAACAACACUGUUAAAGGAUUACAGAUGACAAACAUAUUUGGGGUAAGUGGAUUUCUAUCGCAGAGAGCAGUGAGUUCCCUGGUGGCAGAGAGUAUGCUGCAAAAGAAUGGAUCACAGGCUGGAUUCAGGUCUCUCCUGGACUCCAGAACAACACUGUUAAAGGAUUACAGAUGACAAACAUUGGAGGCAAAUGCAUUAGCAUGACCAGUGUGAUGACCAUGGAAAACAACACAUUUACGUCAACGUUGCCUUUGUCCUUUUCCCUGACCUACCUGAGUACCUGCCCUGACUGCCUCCUUGCCCACCAAAAUAUGUCAUUGCUUGGCAACUACAGCACUCUGUAUCUCUACAGUAAGAGAAAGGAGAUCACCUCUGCUGAACUGAAAGUGUUUAAGAAACAGGUGGACUGUCUCAAUUUGCCACCAGCUGUGUUCACAAACCCACAGAAAGGUAAGCAUCUUACCUUACCUAGAGUUUUCACCAGAAACUAUUUUCAGCGACCAAGCUACCAUUUUAGAAUGGAAGCAAGGUGAGCAGACUGAGUGAUUCAACCAAAGUUUGCAAAGUUAUCAGCGAAGCGCCGACUGCAUGAUAAGCUAGCGAACUAGAUUUGACAUUGUGCUUUGACACUGUGCUGGAUAGGCCAACAACAACGAGCUGUUCUGCAUGCUGUUCGGAAGAUACAUCCACAAGGGUAGAAUACCUUAAUGCAAAGUAGCUUCUGGGGAAAACUAAAUGUUGUAUCCUUGUGAUAAUGUAAAUGUUUAUUUAAUCACGGACUGUCAUAAUUUGCCGCAUAGAUUCCUGUCCAGAUCCGACACAGGACAACAGCAAAACCCUGGACCUGUCGAAAGUGAUUGAAAUGCUGGGUGACAAGUUUGAUCUUCAGAAGUCUUUGGAAGAGAUGAUAAGUAAAUUACAACUAGAGGGUAAUAAAGCAGAUUAAUUGUCAAUAUGUCAUGUGGCGCCUCUAUUCUUUCAUAUAAUACAUUAAAAAAUUAAAAAACCUUUAGGUUACUGGCCCAACGCUCUUAACUGCUAGGCUACCUACCGCCCAUGUAGUGCUAAAUAAACAGGUUAAAGGAAAUACAGGCAGGCACCACAUUACUACAUGAAAAAGUGCUCGCUCAAUCAAGCAUGAUGGUAAUUCAUAUAAUAAAAAAAGCUUGAAACGGUAGUGAAAUGGGAUGUGUGAAGGAUCCAAUACUUUAACUUGUAUGUGGUACAAAUCACAUUGUUGUGGGAGCACCUCCUCCCAGAGGAUGAAUUAGGCUGUGUGAGAAGAUUGUAAUCGUAAGAAACCUGCAUACACAUUAUUUGAAGUACAAUAGACCAACAUAACUACUGCAGUAGGUCAAAACUGUGUGCUGGAAAACCUUGGUAGAGCAUGGGUGGAGAAGGUAUUGUGUUGCUCAUGUGAAUUUGCUUUAUUUUUAGGCUUCAGACCAAUGCCUACUUCUCACCUUUUUUUUUUAUACAUUAAGGCUCUAAACCUUCUGUGCUUGGACCCCUAGCAAACCUGCAUACAUUCCAGUAUGUUACCGAUGAGGAUGUUGGCAAUCUUGUACAUCACAAUUUGGGCAAUCUUGGACAAAUCCAUGCUACUUUCCUCUGCCGAGGUGCCGAUUACAUCCCACCAGGACCCGCAGUACCCGCAGCACCCUAUGCGAAAUGCCAUCCCUGUCUAUGGCAAAACACAUUACUCCUUCUCACCGGUGGCAUUCAUACAAGGCAGGGUUGAAAACAAACACCAACAGUUCUAGGUGGGUUGCCAGGUGGGUGCUUGGGUAAAGUGGGACCAUUUUCUCCCAGAGCUUGAGGGUGGCAAGAUGUCAUGAGAAACCAGUGUUUCAUUUGAAAACACUUGUUUGUAGUUACAUGAGCACUAUUUAUGCUACCAGGAUGGUGGCGAUAGCAUAAUCGCUGUUAAAUACUGCAACGCACUGCAGGUUUCAUUGAAUUGAACCAAGGAUGUCUAAAGGAAUAUGCUUUCAGCUCAGAGCGAAGAUCAACAAGGGUCACUUCCUAUUUGUACUCCGUUGUUCACACUCUGCGACUGGCAUUGUUUUCAAAGACAAUGAGGCACUUGCUGUUGUAUAUAAAAAUGGCUAUGUAAAAGUAAACAUCAAGGAGAGAGUGGAUAGAUUCACACUCCCUUUCAUAUGAUGUCAUUCUAGGUGAGGAAAAUUCAACACUUGUGUUGACAAUUAAAUAUAUAUGAGUCAUAUCCCCCAACUUAAGACACCAUCUGAACUGUUGAUAGUUUGGAGGUCCUGGGAAACACUUGAAGUAAGCUAAGUAAGUUCAUUUUGAUGCUUGGACCUUGGUCUUUGCAAUUUGUUUAAUGUCUUUCAAAACACACUGGUUUUAAAAAUGUACCAAGGGAGCAGAAAAUGAAGAGCUAGACUCUAGAACUCUCCAACAAAAGCUUCUGAGCAAAGACUGGCACGUCUACAGACGGCUUCUCCAACUUCCUAAGCAACUCAUAGUUCUCACACGUGUAACUCUACAUACGGCCCUGUGUACGGACAACUAUAUGGCCCUGUGUACGGACAACUAUAUGGCCCUGUGUAUAGACAACUAUAUGGCCCUGUGUAUAGACAACUAUAUGGCCCUGUGUAUAGACAACUAUAUGGCCCUGUGUAUGGACAACUAUAUGGCCCUGUGUACGGACAACUAUAUGGCCCUGUGUAUAGACAACUAUAUGGCCCUGUGUAUAGACAACUAUAUGGCCCUGUGUAUAGACAACUAUAUGGCCCUGUGUAUAGACAACUAUAUGGCCCUGUGUAUAGACAACUAUAUGGCCCUGUGUAUAGACAACUAUAUGGCCAUGUGUACAGACAACUAUAUGGCCCUGUGUAUGGACAACUAUAUGGCCCUGUGUACGGACAACUAUAUGGCCCUGUGUAUAGACAACUAUAUGGCCAUGUGUACAGACAACUAUAUGGCCCUGUGUAUGGACAACUAUAUGGCCCUGUGUACGGACAACUAUAUGGCCCUGUGUAUAGACAACUAUAUUGCCCUGUGUAUGGACAACUAUAUGGCCCUGUGUAUGGACAACUAUAUGGCCCUGUGUAUAGACAACUAUAUGGCCCUGUGUAUAGACAACUAUAUGGCCCUGUGUACAGACAACUAUAUGGCCCUGUGUAUGGACAACUAUAUGGCCAUGUGUACAGACAACUAUAUGGCCCUGUGUAUAGACAACUAUAUGGCCCUGUGUAUAGACAACUAUAUGGCCCUGUGUAUAGACAACUAUAUGGCCCUGUGUAUAGACAACUAUAUGGCCCUGUGUAUGGACAACUAUAUGGCCCUGUGUAUAGACAACUAUAUGGCCAUGUGUACAGACAACUAUAUGGCCCUGUGUAUGGACAACUAUAUGGCCCUGUGUACAGACAACUAUAUGGCCCUGUGUAUAGACAACUAUAUGGCCCUGUGUAUAGACAACUAUAUGGCCCUGUGUAUAGACAACUAUAUGGCCCUGUGUACAGACAACUAUAUGGCCCUGUGUAUAGACAACUAUAUGGCCCUGUGUAUAGACAACUAUAUGGCCCUGUGUAUAGACAACUAUAUGGCCCUGUGUAUAGACAACUAUAUGGCCCUGUGUAUAGACAACUAUAUGGCCCUGUGUACAGACAACUAUAUGGCCCUGUGUAUAGACAACUAUAUGGCCCUGUGUAUAGACAACUAUAUGGCCCUGUGUACAGACAACUAUAUGGCCCUGUGUAUAGACAACUAUAUGGCCCUGUGUAUAGACAACUAUAUGGCCAUGUGUACGGACAACUAUAUGGCCAUGUGUACAGACAACUAUAUGGCCCUGUGUAUAGACAACUAUAUGGCCCUGUGUAUAGACAACUAUAUGGCCCUGUGUAUAGACAAUUAUAUGGCCAUGUGUACAGACAACUUUUCUAACAUAAAAGUUGUGGCAACAUCAAACCAAGUGAGGGUUAUACAGACUUAUCCAUUCACUGUGGCUGGUGCCAUUUUGACCCACGCAGCACUAUAGGCCAUGUCCCAAUAAUUUAGAAUAGCCUCCUGUCGUCAUCUCUUUUCCUUGAACACUGAUCUAAAAGGACAUGAUGGGGUGAAAACAAUUUGGUUCGAACUGAUAUCAAUGGUCACAAAGUAAA